CUUGCGGCAGCGCGAUGGGCAGCGAGGCCGGCGAGCCGGCGGCCAGCCGGGCCCUGGCCCAGCUGAGCGACUCGGAGCUGGGCGGCUACAGCAAGGAGGAGCUGGUGCGGCGGCUGCGGCAGGAGGAGGCGGAGAAGCUGGCGGCGCUGGUGCAGCGGGGGCGGCUGAUCCAGGGCGUCAAUCGGCAGCUGCAGGAGCAUCUGCGGGAGAUCCGCGAGCUGAAGCAGGUGAACGAGCGCCUGGCGGCCGAGAACCGCGAGCUCCGCGACCUCUGCUGCUUCCUGGACGACGACCGGCUGAAGGCCAAGCGGCUGGCCCGGGACUGGCAGCUGUUCGGGCAGCAGGCGGCCCGGGUGCUGCGGGACGAGCUGGCCUCCUGCCUGCACAAGCUAGCCGGGCUGGAGGGGCUGCAGGAGCGCCUGGCCGCCGAUAACCUGGAGCUCAAGGCGCUCUGCCUGGCGCUGGAGGAGGAAUGCGCCGCCCGCGCCGACAACAGCCCCGUCGGCUCCUCGGAGCUCAGCCUGCCCUGCGGGCCCCGGGACCUGGGCGAUGGUAGCUCCAGCACCGGCAGCGUGGGCAGCCCGGACCAGCUGCACCUGGCCUGCUCGCCCGAGGACUAGAGACUCCCCCGGGGGGCCGGGACCCACCCGGACUAGAGACCUCCCCAGGGGCCUGCCCCCCAGGACUGUACUCUCGCAAGGGGCCAGGAGCCCCCCCUCAAGGGAGCUGCUCCCAGUGACUUCACCCAACCGCCCCCACCAGAAGGACUGGAGAGCAGAGGAUUCCCCCCUCGCGCAGGCUGUGGCAGGGGUCUCUCCCCUGGGAUCUGGGGAAGGGGUGCUGCAGAGGAUGGGGGGGGUUCACCUCCGUGAAGAUCCCAGUGCAGACUUUGGGGGUUAGGGAAUGGAGCUGGUUACUGGGGGGAAGGUCAAAAAUGCAUUUUGGGUGCAAUCCCCCCCCCCCCCCAAGCAGCGUCUCUCUGGCUUCUUCAGCAACCCCUCUCCCCCCAGGUGCUAACUCCAACCCCGCGAUGUAGUGAGAGCAGUUUGACUCCGGGGACGGGGAGAUUAGGGCAAACCCUCCCCCAAAAGAAGUAAAAAUAAAAAAUGUUUUAAAAUUGCUACUUU